GCUUUAAAUUAUAUGGGAAUUUUGAUACAGUCCUUGCUAAGAAUGGGUGACGUCUAUUAAAUGGUGCCCCGUAUUCAAACGAGGAUGACCCAGGAAUAGGGGAAAUUUGGAGGCGUUACGCGUAGCAUGACAUAGUGAGGGAUGAAAAAAUAUUUUGGCAACACUCCGCUUGUUGAGUGUGAUAGAUAAACAACUGAUAGCGACUUCCUCUACUCCUCCUCCUCCUCCUCAUCCCCAGGGCUUGUUUUUCUUAGUAUAUCCUGCCUCUUUGCUUGUUCAGAUUCGUGGUGACCCGUGGUGGUAGUGGUGGUGGUGGCGGUGGUGGUGGUGGUGGUGACGCUCCCUGCCUGCUUUUCGAUGACAGUGAUGGUGGUAGAUGUGGUGUUAUCUUUGCGCGGGUGGUCGUGAUGGCGGCAGUGCGAGGCGCCAAGUGCCAAGCGUGCCUUGAUCAGGGCCUUCCCGGGGCGUCUGAGUGGCGGGAUGAGUGAGGGCCGGCGCGAGGAAGUGUGAUACGCCUCGGUCCGCGAAUUUGUCUCUUUCUUACUGUGCUCACGCCAUGGCUACCAUAAAGCUCCCCGUGGGGGCCCUGCGGCAGCGCAGCCCCGGUCGGGACAAGGGCCAUAAGACACCUUCCGGGAACUGCGCCGCCGCAGCCGCUACAAACAUGACUCGCCGCAAGAGCUUGAGCGUGUCGGACAUCUCCUCCCUGUCGUUGUCGCCGGGCGGCCGCGGCGCCCGACAGCGGGUGCCAGAAAACGACCUAGGCCGCCAGAGCAAGUCCGCUCAGUCUUCCCAGUCAAGCCUACUGGGAGGGGCAGGGCCCAGGGAGGCAGGGGGUCGCUCUCUGGGAGGCAGUAUUGGUGAUCUCAUGAAUUCUGGGGAGUUUCGGCCCGCUGGGGCUGGCUGGUCCCCCCGCACUUGCUCCCCGAUCACCCUGUCCAUGGUGAGCGAGGGCGCCCACCGCAGUGAGGAAUGCCUGCACGCUCUGCCGCCAACCAUAAGCCUCGACGAGACCGAGACGGGCCCUGGUGCUCGACACCGGCUCGACACCAGCCCCGCACGGCACAACCUUGAAGGAGAAUCGGACUCCUGUAGGAGGAGCAUUGAAUUGCACUCUGCCUCUCCUAAUUCCCACAUGGACAUGAGGCACGAUGCAGGCGAUGCCCCUGGCACCCCGGUGCGGGCUGUCCACAGGAAAGCCCGCUACAUGGAGCACAAGGUGACCAUCGCCGUGGACGGCCCGCAUCCCCAGGACCCGCCAGAUCCCUCCCCUCCUCCCCCGCCUGUCCAGAACCAGGAGGGCGAGGAGCAGGAGCCGGUGAUAAGGGAACGGCGGCGAGGCCUGCAGCGGGGCAGCAAGAAGAUGAGCAUGGUGGAGAGGACCCAGCACCUGGCGCUGCUCAUCCACGACCAGCAGCAGCGGUCACGGCGGGAGGCGGUGGUGCUGCCGGUGAGCUGAUGGCUAGUCUCCUUUAUUCCUUUCCCCUCCCCUUUAUUCCCUUAUACUUUGUGUCCUCUCUCCCAUCACUCCCCUCGCUCUCCACCAGUCCCCAUCACCCUUCCCCACACCCCCACAGGAAGCAGGUGUCUGUACCUCUUUACUCCUACGCAUCGUUCAUGAUCAGUGUUGGGCGAGGCGUGGAGGCCACACUUCGGAAUAACACUUUCAUCACACUCGGCACAGACUCAGUGACCCUCCUUCACCUCCCGUGCUUCCCUUCAUUCCCUUCCUCCUGUGUGCGUGCGUGCUGUCCUUCCUCAAUUCCGUCCCCUUUCUCCCUCUAAUUCCCUUUCCCUCUGUUAUCUCUCCUCUCUGCCUGACAUCUUCUCUGUUACUCUCCCGUACCUCCCUCCCUGAUGACAAAGGCAGGCCAGCUAAGAGCACGUAGAAUAUAACACAGCCGUUGUACAGAGUGAUGGGGGGAUGGUUGGGUUACACGCCCCGGUAAAGCUUGAGAUGAUAGCCUGAACCACUGUUUAUUAGUGUGCGGUCUCCAGUUAGCAUAUAGAUUAUUCCUUGCCUUGUGGACCUCAGAGCCACGAGACACGAGGCUGAGGAGGGAAGGAGUGUGGCCUUAUUCUUCCGUGAAAUACCAACUGCUAUAAAAGAGACCGUGUCGUUGGUGGAAGGGGACGGAACGAGGAAAUAUGAGAGGGGAAAAUGUUACAGGCAACGAUGCACACUCCAUAGGAAAAGUGAUUACAGAAAACGGAUGCUAGUUUUAGGGGAGGCUAGGGUAGACUGAGCCUGAUGGGACGGGAAAAGGGAAAAUAUUAGAGGUUUUGUACGAGACGGAAAUAAAUAGUAGGAGAAAGUAAAUAGUAGAAGAAAGUAUAAGCUAAAGGAAAAUUGAGGGCGAAAUUGGUGUUUUGCAAUGUUUAUUAUCGAAAUUUUAUCGGAAUUUGUGUAGCGUGUUAAUAAUAAUAAUAAUUAACAGUAAUAGUAAGUAGUAUAUAUUGUUUAAUGUUUAAGUAAGAUUACAGAUGAAAUCGAAACCACGUUGAAGUUAUUGAUGUACGUUUUAUUUACCCAUUUUAUAAAGAAAACACCUACAGUAGUUACCCAUAUAAUUAAU